GCCCUCCAGCCAGAGGGACCGACUUCCCUUCUUCCACCCACCUCCUCACCACAACCCCGCCGAGCUCCUCAGCUUCUCCAUUCUUGGCUCUUUUGAGGAUAACCAGCCAUGUCUCGUCAGUCUGUCUGCAGGAGCUUCGGAGGGGGCAGCAGAAGGGGCUUCAGCUCCUGCUCUGCAAUCGGUGGUGGCUUUGGAGGCGGCAGCCGGAGCAGGAGCGGCUACAGCUCGUACUCAGUGUCCAGAGGAUUCGUAGGCGGAGGACGGUGCGGGGGCUUCGGCAGCCGGAGCCUCCACAACAUGGGGGGCAGCACCAGGAUGUCCAUGGGCGGGUGUUACGGUGGCGGGUACGGGGGCAGGAUGGGCGGCUUUGGCGGGAGCUACGGGGGCCUCGGCAGCUUUGGGGGUGGAAUGGGUGGAGGAGGAGGAGGAAUGUGUGGCUUUGGAGGGAUGGGUGGAGGUGGAAUGGGUGGUGGAGGAGGAAUGGGUGGCUUCAGUGGAGGAAUGGGUGGCUUUGGUGGCGGGAUGGGUGGUGGAGGAAUGGGUGGCUUUGGUGGCCCAGGCUUUGGCAUGGGUGGCCCUGGGAGAGGUGGCCCCGGGAUCCAGCCAGUGCAGAUCGACACAACUCUCCUGCGUCCGGUCCAUGUCGAGAUCGAUCCCCAGAUCCAGCAAGUUAAAAACCAGGAGAAGGAGCAGAUCAAGACCCUGAACAACCAGUUUGCCUCCUUCAUCGACAAGGUCCGAUUCCUGGAGCAGCAGAACAAGGUGCUCUCCACCAAGUGGGAGCUGCUCCAGCAGCAAGGGCCAUCGGGGCCAAGGAAGAACCUGGAUGUGAUCUUUGAGAAUUACAUCCAGAACCUGCGGAGGCAGCUGGACUCAAUCCUGGCGCAGCGGGGGCAGCUGGAGUCGGAGCUGCAGAACAUGCAGCAGUACGUCGAGGAUUACAAAACCAAGUAUGAGGAAGAGAUCAACCGUCGCACAACAGCUGAGAACGAGUUCGUGGUGCUGAAGAAGGAUGUGGACAGUGCCUACAUGACCAAAGUUGAGCUGGAAGCCAAGGUGGGAGCUCUGACAGACGAAAUCAACUUCCUGAGGUGCAUCUAUGAGGAGGAGCUGUCUCAGAUGCAGACGAUCAGCCGGGACCUGUCUGUGGUGGUGUCCAUGGACAACAACCGGCACCUGGACCUGGAAAGCAUCAUCGAGGAGGUCCGGCGCCAGUAUGAGCAGAUUGCCCAGAGCAGCCGGGCCGAGGCCGAGGCCUGGUACCAGAGCCAGUACGAGCAGCUCCAGAGCACGGCCGGCCGGCACGGGGACAACCUCCGCAACACCAAGAUUGAGAUCCAGGAGCUGACGAGGAACAUUCAGAGGCUGCGGGCUGAGAUUGAGAAUGUGAAGAAGCAGAACCAGCAGCUGCAGGCAGCCAUUGCUGAGGCUGAGGAGAGGGGCGAGAUGGCCCUCAAAGAUGCCAGGUUGAAGUUGGAGGAGCUGGAGAGUGCCCUGCAGAAGGACAAGGAGGAGCUGGCUCGCCUGCUGAAGGAGUACCAGGAGCUGCUGAAUGUCAAGAUCGCGCUGGACGUUGAGAUUGCCAUGUACAGGAAGCUGCUGGAGGGGGAGGAGAACAGGCUGUGCAACGACGGCAUGUCCAAUGUCAACGUCUCUGUGGUGGGCAGAACCACUGUCUCUGGAGGCAGAGGAAGCAUGGGAGGAGGAUUCGGAGGCAGCGGCAUGGGAGGAGGAUUCGGAGGCGGCAGCUGUGGAAUGGGAGGAGGAUUUGGAGGCGGCAGCGGCAUGGGAGGAGGAAUGGGAGGAGGAGGCAUCUGCGGAGGAGGCAGCAGCUUUGGAGGAGGCAGCAUGGGUGGCAGCUGCGGGAUGGGGGGAGGAAUGUACACUGGGGGCUUCUCCUCUGGAAGCGGAAGGAUGUGUGGCUCUGGCGGGGGAUCGUCCUCCGUGCGGAGAUGCGUCACCACCACCUCGGUCAAAUCUUCGGGAGUGAGAUUCUGAGCCCCGAAGGUUGACAAGGAAAGAAGCAUCUCCUCUCUCCUCCCGGCAGCAGCCCAGCCUCCCGAAGCCCAGCUCCGGUGUCCUGCAAUGGGAUGAACUGUGUUCCUCCCACCCAACUCGUCCCAGCUCCUGGUCCCACCUGGGGGUUUGGUGGCGAUGCCGUGGGUGUCCUGGCACCGGUAGCUGCCUGGCAGGAGGGGCCGCUCUGCCUUCCUCGCUGUGUUGUACAUUUCUUGUGGCAAACGUGUAUAAAACCCCUCUUUCCUCCUCGCUCCUCCUGUUCUGUGUCCCUGGGAUGCUUCUCUGUGUGUCCUUCCCAUUAUUCCCUUUGAAGUCCUUUGGGGUCAGGGUGGGUGUGGGGCAAGCGGGACUCGUCCCCUGGGGAGGGGGCAUCUCAGCAGGUGGCCAGAGGGAUGAGCUGGCCCAGGGUGGAGCUUCUGGGCAGCUUUGCUCACUUGGCAGCCCCAGGAGUGCUGCCAACAGGAGCUUCCCUGGAGCUCCAGCUUCCUCUCCACUUGUCCCUGCUCUCGGUGACAUCUGGGACACCUCAAACACAUCUGGACUAUUCCUAAGGAGAACAAAAUUGCCCUUCAGUGCCUGGCUCCCAUGACACAGUCUGAGAUGUCCUGUCCCCACCUUCCCCCCUCCUCUGUGGGCUGCCCUCCUUCCUUGGGAUGUUGCCAUUCCCAAUAAAUUGCAGAGAAUAUUCCUGA